AGCCUCCUACAGGGACUAACAGGCUUCGCAGCAUAACGCUGCAUUAACCGCUGCGCUCCUUUCACUUCAGUUGGCCGUGAAAACGACAGGUGCAGGUGCUUUGUGCUGUUCUUCCAAAAUGCGCAAAACGUUGAUUAUUCUUAUCGUAAACUAAUACUUUGAAUCUCGAAUGUGAUGUGAGAAAUAGAGAGCCACUGUUUCCAUCUUGACGAAUGAGUGUUUACAGCGUCAUCAUGUCGCAUCACAUCCAGCGAGCGCUCAUCUGUUCUCUUCUUCUCUGUUUGACGACGACGGGCAUGACGCGCUCCUCUUCAACAUCAGACCUCAAAUCCAAAAUAUCUGGCGUGGAGGAACUGCUGGAGGAGUUCCGUAAGCAGCUACAGCAGGAUGAGUCGGACUCGAGGGUGGAUGAGGAGGAUGGAGACCGCUGUAUCAGUGGCUUCAAGGCGGCGGAGGAGCGCAUCAUCCGCGCCAGCGCGUCCAUCGAGCAGGGCGCCGCGUUCUUGUCCGCGCCGCAGAGGGUGUUCAGCUGGAGGGACUGCGCGCACGCCUGCUGCUCUCACCCGCACUGCACAUCCGCCAUCAUCCAGGAGGACCUCAAGGCGCCCGAUGACAGUUUGCGCUGUUAUCUCUUCAACUGCACGUACAGGGGCAGGGAUGUGUGCUCGUUUUCCUUCCAGCCGGGAUUCAGCACCUACAGUCGGGUGGACAACAGCAGCUCUAGACCCCAUGAGCCCGGCCUUGACCCCGCUGCCACUGACAGCCCCAGCACUUCAGCCGGGAGACCCUCAUAUGGGAUCGAUGAGGCUCUGGAUGAGCCGCCUCGCAGUGAUGCGGGACAGGACUUGGUGGUUCAGCUGCCGACAGACUGGGCCGUGCUAGACGGCAGAGACAGCACCGAUGAUCAUGACAUCAUUCAUUACGAGUGGGCUCUUGUGAAAGGAGAUCCCGCCGUUAAAAUGAAGGUGACUCACCCGGGCCUGCUGAAACUCAGUGCUCUUAGAGAAGGCAUUUACACCUUUGAGCUGACCGUCACCGACACGGCGGGACAGAAGAGAUCUGACAAUGUGUCUGUCAGUGUGCUCGCCCCUGCUCCAAACGCAGAAGUGUGUACAGGUCACUGCUCUCGGUAUCAGUUCAUGUGUGAUGAUGGAUGCUGUAUAGACAUCGGUUAUGCCUGCGAUGGAAAGCAACACUGCCCCGACCGAUCAGAUGAAGAUUUCUGCCAAAAUUUUGAUAGUGCUCGUAAGUCCAACCCUGCCUCUAAACAUGAACCAGAUACACAAACUGAAGCAGAAGCCCAGACGCCCGCAGAAAUACAGCUCGAAGAGAGCCCUAAAUCUGAACAACAUCUACAUUAUGACUUCAGUUCACCAGAUCCCUGUGCAGCGCCCCCUGCGGUCGGCCCGUGUAAAGGUGUUUUCCCACGCUGGUAUUACGAAUCUAAAACAGGAGAGUGCCAGCACUUCCAGUACGGUGGCUGCAAAGGAAACCACAACAACUUCCUCCAGAAGUCUGAUUGCAUAAAUGAGUGCAUUCAGAAACCAUCAGUAACAAAACAUCAGGCCACUGCAACUCCGUUACCCAGUGUGAAAACAUACACACCUCCCAUUGCUUUUGUCCAUAAGGAAAAACUGCACGAUCCUCUAACAGAGUCUCGAAAUUCACUGCCAUCGUCUAAAACUCAUCGUGUGCUGGAAGGACACCCACCCCCUGAAUCAGGUGCGAUCUUACCCCUGGCGUUGGGUCUGAUCAUCAGCGCUCUGCUCUUACUGAUGGUGGGCUGCAGGCUCUGUCUUGUGCGUCGCAGACUGAAGAAAGCUUUGCCUCUCACCACAGAAGAGUCUGACUACCUCAUCAAUGGCAUGUAUCUGUAGCAGAACAGCCAUCAAGCGUCCAGUCUGCUGCACCAUCUGUGUGACUGUGUGUGUACAGCUGACAAAACCAUCUAAUGCACAGCUAGUCAACCCUGCUCCUGGGGCCAGGUGCACCAGCCUACCUAUGACAUAAAUAUGACACCAUUUAAAUAUAAAAUCAAGAUUUCCUCCAACAAAGAAUAAUGCAUUGAAUAAAACGGCUGAUCAAUUGAAUUGCAUUAAUUUAAUGUUAAAUGUUUUACCCAGCAGACCAUGCUUAAUACAUAUAAUGUUGGCAUUUACAAAGAGAGCACAUUAUGUGCAUAAAUAAGUUUGAAGCUCUUCAGCAUGAACCCAGAUCUAAACAGUGCACCUCAGUGGGAAUCCCUCAUGUUGGAAUCCAGAUGGAAUCAAUCGUAAUAAAUAAAGCUAAUUUAUUUUUAUAAAUGUUAUUUACAUAUAAAAACACCUGUCAUGUUUUAGUUUUUUUUUCCAUGAUCUAGUAUCAUAUUUCCACGUGUCCUUUUUAACAUUAGUAACAUGAAGUUAAAGAAGUUCAAGUAAAAGGAUCAACCCUAACAAGCUAAUUCACAGCAACACAAGUCUGUUCAUAAAUGUGAAGGCUACUGUUGGAUAGAUGGUAAACAUCCAGCGACUACACAUUACUUUACAGAGAGCUUACAACCUAUUAGCUACAUUCUGCCUCAAAAACAAGUCCAAAGUUACAAAAUAAUUACCGGUAGUAAUUAAUGCGCCUCAAGUGGACUUUAUGUUCCACCUUAAGAACUUACAAAUGGCUGGUACCCUAUAGAGCUGCCAUCCUCCAACGCUAAUCAAACAGACCUGGACCCAGGGUGCUCAGAGUUACUGGAGAACUACAGACCGGGUGUUGGUGCAGGGUCGAAACUUAACUCUGCAGGAAGGUAUUGUAGUUCUCCAAAAGCAGGGUUGACUACUACUGAUCUAUUGAUUAAUGGUAAGUUCAUGCCCUUAAUAUCCUCUUAAGUGCAAAACGACAAAACUUUCUCUCAACUCUUUCACUAUAUAGGAUGCCAAAUUAAGUGAAUCUCAAUUCAUGCUAUUCGAAAAAUAACAUUUCUAACCUUUAUGGACACUGUUUCUGAGAAAAUUGCAUCUGUUACAGUUAUUUUGGUAGUAAUUAUGCAGAUGUGUGUGACUGCAGCAAAGGUUCCUGUGGUAUAAAGAUGCAGUUGUAUUAUUUGAUAAUAUGUCUAAAUACUGGCUUAACGCAUACUGAAGAGUAUACUUGUUUCUGAAGUGACUGAAUUUGAAUUUAGCUUUAUU